ACAUUUCUUGUCGGCAGAGAGGAGGUCCCCAUGGUUGUACAUUAUGGUAUCCUUGCUCCGUUGUCUGAUUAUUUCAAAAGACUUUUUGGCGAUAAUUCGGCGUUCAAGGAGGCUGAGGAGAAAACGGUCCUUCUGCCACAAAUCAACCCGGAUGACUUUAGUCGCUUCUGCACAUUCGCAUAUACUGGCGAUUAUGCAGCACCGCCAUACGUCGUCGACGAUGACUGGACCGAAGAGCUACAAACCACGCCUGUGGAUACGGCUGAAGAAGCAAUGAAUGAGGUACAGGAUGAAGCAUACCAAAACAAACCGAAUUCACAGUGGGAUUGGGAUAUACCUACGUCCAAGAUGGGCAAGGGGAAGAGAAAGACGAAGUACGCGGAUGAAGCGACCGCUGCUUCAUAUCAACCAGUGGUUGGAGAGCAGGACUUUCAUGUCAGAAGACCAGAUUUUGAGAGAAGAGUAUAUUGUGCCACUACUCCGUAUGAGGAUUAUCGCCAAUCAUUUCGUGUUGCUCCUCAUAGUGCCGGCGCAGAAAAAGCAGAGUACGUCUUCCUUGCCCAUGCGCGGCUCUACGCAUUCGCCAAAGAGAAGAUGGUGGACAGUCUUAUCAGUCUCAGUCUUCAAAAGCUGCAUAAGACUCUUUCAGUCUUUACCCUGGACCAAAGGCGUUACCAAGAUAUUUUAGCGUUAACUCGAUUUGCGUUUAGUGAGAAUUAUCCUGAGCUGCAGGAUAUGGUGGCGUUGUAUCACGGUGCACAUUUCACCAAGAUUGGACGCUAUGAAUCGUUCUACUCUAUCUUGUGUGAAGAGGGACAUCUUGGUGCAAACUUGUUGCGAUUGUUCUAUGAGAAUAAAAGACAUUGA